AUGUGUCUCUUUUUUAUUGUUUCUCCUAUUUUUUUUUCUAAAAGAACAGUCAUGACUUUAUCUACUUUUUAAUAAUAACAAAACUAAUGGGGUUUUUAUCGCGUGAAUGGUUAUUACAAAGGAAAAAAAAACACAUGCUCGAACGAGAAUGUCGAGCCAAUAAUCGAUUCUAAAUAAACUAUGCGCUACUCUAUGCACUCCCGGAUCUGAUGGUGGUUUUCAAUUACGACUGCAAUCCAAUUGGUAGCGGUUGCCGUAAGCAAACAGAACCGGUGCGCGGCCGCUGUGCAAAUAUUGAGCACUCAAAUACCCCUGGCCCCAGCUUUGCUCCUUGUCGGUGGUAGGUCGCCGUGCUAGGAACACGAUCCGCUUGAAUCAUAAAAUUGAUCUUUACAUAUUACCGUACGAUGCAUCGAGUGUAGUGGGGUGACCGCAGACAGACAGAGCGGUGUCUCGAGCGCAGCUCCACAGAAACUCGUUUUUCACCGCGCGCUGUCGAGAAAAAUGCCGGGAAGCGUUAUGCCGGGCGAAGCGGGCGAAAAGUUGCCACAGUCCGUUCUCUGCUGAGUGGGCAGUACCACAGUUGAGUUUCGCCGCGAAAUCGAAGGCUCUCGAAAAAUAAACAAAACGGUCCAGAACUUUGCGAGAAGAACCGAGAACGGCGAACCGAAAGCCAAGAACGUGCCCGUGCAUUUGUGGAAAAGUGCCCCAGAGUGCCUAGUGAAAAUGUCGGAAGAAGACGGGAAAUUCGAUAGCAUCCUGUUUGCUAUGGCCGCCCAGCAUACCGGUGGUGUGCCGGAGAUGCUCGGCACCAUCGCUAGCUUCCUGAACCGAAAGACGGACUUUUUUGUGGGCGGACACGAGGGCGAGUGGGAGAAGCUCGUGCUGACGGUGUUCCGCGGGGAAGCGAAAAAGGCGCAGGAAGUGGCCGACAAGAAGCGGAAGGAAAAGGAGGCCGAGGAAAAGCGUCGUCAGGAGGUGCUACGCAAAAAGCGCGAGGAGGAAGAGGCAAGCAAAACGGCCACCGUCACCGAGUUGACCGAGGAAGAGGCGGAGAGUCUUCAGAAAGAGUUGGACGCUAAAAAGAGUAAAGUGGAAGAAUCUCCGGCGGCGACAUCAUCGACGGCAGCAGCGGCGACGGAAGCAGCGACCGAUAAGGCGAACAGCGACAGUGAAGACGUGGAACCGGGCGAUGAAGGUAAGCUGAAGCCGAACCAAGGAAAUGGAUGCAAUCUGGAUCGCUACUCCUGGACGCAGACUCUACAGGAAAUCGAGCUACGAGUACCAUUCGAUGUAAAGUUCACGCUGAAGGCAAAGGAUGUGGUCGUUGUGAUACAGCGAAAGUCUUUGAAAGUUGGCCUAAAGGGCCAUCCGCCCGUCAUUGACGGGGAGCUGCACUGUGAGAUCAAGAUCGAAGACUCCUUGUGGCACUUGGAAAAGAACACGGUCGUGGUGACGUUUGAAAAGAUUAACCAGAUGAACUGGUGGGAGCGGUUGGUAGUGACCGACCCAUCCAUCAACACCCGGAAGAUUAAUCCCGAGUCAUCGAAGUUGUCCGACCUCGACUCGUCCACCCGUAGCAUGGUCGAGAAGAUGAUGUACGACCAGAAGCAAAAGGAGCUGGGCCUACCGACCAGUGACGAGCAGAAGAAACAGGAUGUUUUGAAAAAGUUCAUGGAGCAACAUCCCGAGAUGGAUUUUUCAAAAUGUAAAUUUAACUAGUGCGUUAGGUCCAGAAUAGGUCCGUUUCGUUGGACGCUGGGUAUCGUGGCCAGUCUGGAGUGUUGUGGAGCGACAACAGUAUCGCGUAUGUGAUGAAAAAAGGGCUCGUCCAUGAUGGGCGGUUCUCUCCGUAGCCGUUCGCUGAUCGUAUUAAUUCACAUACAACCUUGACAUUACCAAAUCAA